GCAUAGAGUGUGAAAUCAGCCGUUCUCGUCGAUCAAUCAUUUAAGGACAACUUGGUCGCUGCCCGAGGAAGCUGUAAUCACUCCCUGGCUUCUAUAAUCAACGACAUAAUGUCCCCCAUUAAAAGCGUCGCUGUCAUUGGCACCGGGCCCGCUGGUGCCAUUGCGGUGGAUGCCUUGAUGCAGGAAAAGACAUUUGACAGAGUCCGGGUGUUUGAGAGACAAGAAAAAGCCGGUGGAUGUUGGGUGUCGCGGGAGAACGAGAAACAUGUGCCUCUUGAUGUCGAUAAGCUAUCCGCCAGGACGGCCGAUGCUCCCAUCCCAAUCCCGUCCGAUCUGCCUGCAUAUACGCCUGCAGUGACCCAACAUCGCUUUACUGACUCUCAUAUCUAUCCGAACUUGCACACCAAUGUCGAUGCUUCAACAAUGGAGUACUCCCAGGAGUCGAUUCCGACCGUCCGCUCGGAGAUGUCAAUUGCUUUGCACGGACCAGACACCCCGUUCCGUCAUCACACGGUCAUCAGACAGUUCAUCGAGGAUCUGCUGAACCGAAACGGCUACCAGGAUCUUGUAGAAUACAACACGACCGUGGAACGUGCGGUCAAAGAUGCCCAAAGUGGCAAAUGGGUGCUGACCCUGCGGCGCGCGGGCAAGUCCGGUGCGCUUGAUUACUGGUGGAGUGAGACGUUCGAUGCACUGGUAGUCGCAUCAGGACACUUUUCUGUGCCAUAUGUGCCUGCCAUUCCAGGAUUGAAAGAGUUCAUCGAAAAGUACCCAGAGAAUGUGUUGCACACGAAGCAGUAUCGUGGUCCUGAACGCUAUCGUGGCAAGCGAGUUGUGACCAUUGGAGCGUCAGUCUCUGCUGCAGACACCGCCGUCAGUCUGAUCGGAUCAGCCCAGUCACCCAUCUAUGCUGUGGUCCGUGGGCGGUAUAACCCCUACUUUGGCGACUGGGCGUUCAGACACCCAUCCAUUGAGCGUCGACCACCGAUUUCGAAUAUCUCCAGUGAAAACGGACAGCGGACGGUGUAUUUCGAGGAUGGAACCACGGUAUCGGAUGUAGACUAUAUCAUCCUCGGCACCGGUUUCACCUGGGCAUUGCCAUACCUGCCGGAGAUUCCGACCAGAAACAACCGCGUCCCUGACUUGUACCUGCAUGUCUUCCACCAGAGGGACCCUUCUUUGGCAUUCAUAGGAGGUGUUGGUGCUGGAUUGACCUUCAAGAUCUUCGAGUGGCAGGCCGUGGCUGCAGCCAGAGUGCUGGCUGGCAAAGCUCAAUUACCAUCCUUGGAGGAACAGCAGAAAUGGGAGCGGGAUAGAAUUGAACAAAAGGGCGAUGGACCGGCGUUCACCACGAUCAACCCCGACUUCCAGGACUAUUUUGAGACCCUGCGUCAGUUGGCGGGAGAGCCAAAGGAAGGCGAGGGGCGAGUGUUGCCUCCGUUCGAACAGGAGUGGAUGGACGUGUUCAAUGCUGGUCAUGAGCGUCGGAUUCGGAUGUGGCAGAAGGCUAAUGAGGCGGCCGCCAACAGUAGAUUGAUGUUUGUGUCGGGUCACUCUGCUGUCUUUGGUGCGCUGGUUUUGCCCCUCGCGGCGGCCAAGUCGUUAUGGUCUGAUUCUCCCGGCAAUUACAGUAGUAUCAUCACUACUGCGUUUCCUUUAGGAAAUGGACGACUGGGAGGUAGAACGUAUUCUGGUGGAAACCCGAAUGUAUCCAAAGCAGGAGCACUGCCUGGCAUUAGGGAAUGGAUCUUUCAAAAUGGAACCGGCAAUGUCUCUGCCCUUCUGGGAGAGUUUCCCUACUAUGGAUCUUAUCAGGUGUUGGCCAAUUUGACCAUCGACCUGAGUGAAGUGAGCAAUGUUCAUGGGUACCGUCGCAACCUGGACCUGGAAACGGCGGUCUACUCGGAUCAUUUCAGCACUGGGGAGGAUUAUAUCGAAAGGGAAGCCUUCUGCUCGUAUCCGGAUAAUGUGUGCGCUUAUAGACUGAGCUCAAAUUCCUCGCUGCCAGCGAUUACAUUCGGUCUGGAAAAUCAACUCACGUCUCCUGCCCCGAAUGUCAGCUGCCAUGGGAAUAGCAUCAGCUUGUACGGCCAGACAGAUACUUCGAUCGGGAUGAUCUACAACGCUAGGGUGACUGUCGUUCUACCGGGGUCUCGAAACACCUCCGACCUCUGCUCGUCUUCUACUGUCAAAAUUCCCGAGGGAGUAAAAGAAGUGUUCCUCGUGUUUGCUGCUGGGACCAACUAUGACGCCGCCAAUGGGAAUGCGGAGGCGAAGUUUUCGUUCAAAGGGGAGGACCCGUAUACGACGGUUCUCAAAACAGCCACCGAUGCCGCAAAGAAAUCCUAUGCAGCACUCAAGUCAUUCCACGUGAAGGAUUUCCAAGAUGUCUUUGGCCAGUUUACUUUAACCCUUCCAGAUCCUAAGGGCUCAGCUGAGAAGCCGACCACCCAGCUUCUCUCAUCCUAUACCCAACCAGGGGAUCCAUACGUGGAGAACCUGCUCUUCGACUUUGGCCGCUAUCUGUUCAUCUCAUCCUCGCGACCCGGAUCGUUGCCACCCAACCUGCAAGGACUCUGGACCGAGUCGUACUCUCCGGCCUGGAGCGGUGACUACCAUGCCAAUAUCAAUCUACAGAUGAACCACUGGGCUGUGGAUCAAACCGGCCUCGGAGAACAGACAGAGCCCCUUUGGACAUACAUGGCCGAGACAUGGUUGCCUCGAGGGGCUGAGACGGCCGAGUUGUUGUAUGGGGCUUCUGAGGGUUGGGUAACGCACGAUGAGAUGAACACUUUUGGACAUACAGCGAUGAAGAACGUCGCACAGUGGGCCAAUUACCCUGCCACCAAUGCAUGGAUGUCGCAUCAUGUGUGGGAUCAUUUUGACUAUUCUCAAGACGUUUCUUGGUACCGCAAGACAGGAUACCCCAUACUCAAGGGAGCAGCCCAAUUCUGGUUAUCCCAGCUUGUGCAAGACGAAUACUUUAAAGACGGCAGCUUGGUUGUCAACCCCUGCAAUUCGCCCGAGCAUGGCCCGACGACCUUUGGCUGCACCCACUAUCAACAACUCAUCUGGGAAGUAUUUGACCACGUUCUCCGCGGCUGGGAAGCAUCAGGAGAUGACGACACCUCGUUCAAAUCCGCCAUCUCCUCCAAAUUCUCCAUCCUAGACCCAGGCAUCCAUAUUGGCUCGUGGGGUCAAAUCCAAGAAUGGAAGCUCGACAUUGACGUUGAGAAUGACACUCACCGUCAUCUGUCCAACCUGUAUGGCUGGUACCCCGGCUACGCUAUUUCCUCGGUGCACGGAUUCAACAAGACCGUCACCGAUGCCGUCGAAACAACGUUGUAUUCCCGCGGCACCGGUGUCGAGGACUCCAACACUGGCUGGGGCAAGGUGUGGCGUAGCGCCUGCUGGGGGCUUCUGAACAACACGGACGAAGCAUACUCGGAGCUGUCGCUGGCGAUCCAAAAUAACUUUGCCGACAAUGGCCUGGACAUGUACGGGGGGACGCCGCCGUUCCAGAUCGAUGCGAACUUUGGUCUCGUGGGGGCAAUGAUUUCGAUGCUCGUGAGGGACUUGGAUCGUGCGGGUGCGAAUGCUAGUGAGGCGCAGAGGGUACUUCUGGGACCAGCCAUUCCGGCUGCAUGGGGAGGGGGUAGCGUGGAGGGGCUGAGGCUGCGGGGUGAUGGAGUGGUGGGUUUCCACUGGAAUGACGAUGGGGUUGUGGAUUCGUGCCGGGUUGAUACCUCUGGACGAAGUGCCUCACCGCUGGAGUUUUAUCGCCAAGAGUGCAUAUAUCAAUGCAAGGCUGGUUGGUGGUGA